AUGCUUCGGAAUGAAUGGGCCGGCUCGACCGGAGUGAUACCACAGAAAACCGGCGUGAAACAACCACAGCGUUAUGCUUCACCGUUAUCAAUACCAACAUGGACAUUGCAAGAGACGCUGGUUGGCCUGGCUUUUGUUUUAGCAGCCUACCUGAUUCUAGUCAUGAAGGUUUUACCUUCAUACAUGAAAAAUAGAGAGCCUUUUCAAUUGAAAAACUUGAUGUUGGCGUAUAAUGCAUUCCAAGUCGCCUUCUCAGUCUACGUAGUGUUCAUCGUCGUGCGCGAAAUCUACCCAUACUUCAUAGCUAAGCACUUGGAUCUUCUGGACACAGUAUUCUUUGUCCUUCGCAAAAAGGAUAACCAAAUAACUUUCCUCCACUUGUACCACCACACUUCUAUGGUGGCCUGGACCUGGUUGCACUUCAUGUACCAUCCUACUGACAACUUUGUGGUUGUCGGCAUGUUGAACAGUUUCGUCCAUGUCCUAAUGUAUGCUUACUAUGGAAUCUCGUCCUUGGGUCCCGCUUACGCGAAGUACAUCUGGUGGAAGAAGCAUUUGACUAAAGUUCAACUGAUCCAGUUCAUCCUUGUGGUCUCCCAUCUCCACUACCAGCAAAAGCUGUCUCCUUGCCCUAUUCCAAGCUUCUUUCACAACUUCUGCAUGUUCCUUAUCUGUUCUUUUUUCGCCCUUUUCAUGAACUUCUACAUCAACAGCUACAGAGGGAAAAAGAAAAAUGUUGAGAAACAGAAGAUUGAACUUGCUGAAUCGAAUGCUAAUGAGAGAUUAUUGAAAACUCAAUAG